AUGUCCGAUUCCCAGAUCAAGUGCUCGGGGGCUGAUUGCGAUAAUGAAGCCGGGACAUUGCAAUGCCCAACGUGUCUGAAGCAAGGCCUCAAAGGCAGUUUCUUCUGUGCCCAAGACUGCUUCAAGAGGAAUUGGUCCGCACACAAGACGAUACAUAAGGCUCAAAAUGUUGGCCAAUUUUACAACCCAUUCCCGACAUACCCAUACAGUGGCACUGUCAGGCCAGUAUACCCAUUGUCCCCGCGACGAGCUGUACCCAAAACGAUUAAACAUCCCGAUUGGGCUGAGACCGGUAUUCCAAAACGUGAGAUGCGCCUAAGCAGGUCGAAAUGGGAUCUCUUGGAUGCAACAGGCCAGGAAGCAAUGCGCAAAGUAUGCAGACUAGCUCGGGAAGUACUCGACAUAACCGCUGCGGCAAUGAAGCCAGGCGUAACGACAGAUUACCUUGAUGAAAUCUGCCAUAAUGCCUGUGUGGAACGAGAGUCAUAUCCUUCUCCACUUAAUUACAACCACUUUCCUAAGUCAUUAUGUACAUCGCCCAAUGAGGUCGUAUGCCACGGAAUUCCCGAUCAGCGGGUUCUUCUUGACGGCGACAUUCUCAAUCUCGACAUUUCCCUAUACCAUGGUGGAUACCAUGCCGAUCUGAACGAAACCUAUUACAUUGGUGAUAAGGCAAAAGCGGAUCCGGAAUCGAUUAAGCUCAUUGAAACAACGCGAGAGGCCUUAGACAUGGCUAUCGAGAUCAUCAAGCCAGGCACACCAAUUCGUGACUUCGGCAAGAUUAUUGAGAAGCAUGCGGCCUCUAGAGGCCUUGUCGUCAUCAAGACUUGGGGCGGUCACGGCAUCAAUUCGGAGUUCCACCCUCCUCCCUGGAUUCCCCACUACGCCAAGAACAAGGCCGUGGGGACAUGUAAACCGGGAAUGACGUUCACGAUUGAACCUAUCUUGUCUUUGGGCGUCAACCGAGAAGUCUAUUGGCCGGAUAACUGGACAAAUGUUACGGUGGAUGGUAAACGGACAGCACAGUUCGAGCAUACUUUGCUUGUUACGGAAACAGGCGUCGAGGUUUUGACAGCGAGACUGGAGAACUCUCCAGGAGGGCCGAUUCCCAUACCCGGAAGUGAGGAUGGAAAUGCAAAGAAAUGA